AGAGCAAAGGAAUGUCUGUGGCUGAGUUGUUUGAAGGACCCGGUGGCUGAAAGGGCAGGAAACAAUUGAUGGUGCUCUUUUGAUUUUUCUUUCCCCCCACUUUUUUCCCUUCUCUCUUUUGCACAUAGAGUCUCAUGUCUAAUAUUUUUUAGACAUGAUGAGCUGUGUGCAGGGAGCCGUUUUGCUUUUCCUUGCUGUGUUGCAACCCUCAGUUAUUUUGGCACAACAAGAUGUCGUAGGAGCAUGUACACACCUUGGCCAAGUGUAUGCUGACAGGGAUGUUUGGAAACCGGAACCAUGCCAAAUCUGUGUGUGUGACUCAGGAGCUGUUCUGUGCGAUGACAUCGUCUGCAGCGAUAUGGAAUUAGACUGCGAUAAUCCGGAGAUUCCGUUUGGAGAUUGCUGCCCAAGGUGCCCUUCACCAACGAUGCCACCUGGCCCUGAUAUGAACUUUCCAGGUGGUCCUCAAGGCCCCAGGGGAGAUCCUGGUCCACCUGGUACUCCUGGAAUAAAUGGUUCACCUGGUCCACCUGGCCAGCCAGGAACACCUGGCACUCCUGGCCAACCUGGAGUCUGCCCAAGUUGCCCCGGUCUCGGUACAGGAUCAAACUUUUCUCCUCAGUAUGAAGGCGAUUAUACCAAGUCUGGUGGAGGAGGAUACGGCCAACUUGGUGCACCUGGAGCUCCUGGCGCACCUGGCCUCCCUGGUCCUGUUGGUCAGCCCGGUCCACCUGGACCCCACGGAUACCAAGGCCCCCCUGGUGAACCUGGGCAAGCUGGUGCUCCGGGUCCUGCUGGUCCACCUGGAAAUAUGGGUCCACCUGGCCCUGCAGGAAAAGAUGGAGAAUCUGGAAGACCGGGCAGAACUGGUGAACGUGGAUUACCUGGUACUCCUGGUCACAAAGGUCCCCCUGGCAUGCCUGGCAUGCCUGGAAUGAAAGGUCACCGAGGAUUUGAUGGAAGAGAUGGUGCCAAAGGUGAUGCAGGUGCUCCUGGUCUGAAGGGUGAGAACGGUCUUCCUGGAGAAAAUGGAUCCCCCGGACCAAUGGGUCCAAGAGGUCAGCCUGGCGAGAGAGGAAGACCGGGAGCUCCAGGAAGUGCUGGCGGUCGUGGUAAUGAUGGCUCUCCUGGAGCAGCUGGCCAACCCGGUCCCCCAGGCCCUCCUGGACCUUCAGGAUUUCCAGGUUCUCCAGGUUUUAAGGGUGAAACUGGCCCUGUUGGCCCCCCUGGCUCUAGCGGGUCUCCUGGAGCAAGAGGAGAACCUGGUCCUCAAGGACAGCCUGGUGGUCCUGGUCCUGCUGGUCCUGGAGGUAGAGAUGGAAGUCCUGGUGCAAAAGGUCCCCCAGGUCCUGCUGGCAUGGCUGGUGCUCCUGGACUGAGCGGAGGUCGUGGUCCUCCUGGCCCCCCGGGUACCAAUGGAAUCCCUGGACAAAGAGGUCCAGCUGGUGAACCUGGUAAGAAUGGCGGAAAAGGAGAACCGGGUCCAAGAGGUGAACGAGGUGAAAAUGGUACUCCCGGCGCUGCUGGUCCUCCAGGAGAAGAAGGCAAGGCAGGGGGUCCUGGUCAACCUGGCACAAAUGGUAUACCUGGAAGUCCAGGAGAACGCGGUGCCCCAGGUUUUCGCGGCCCUCCUGGCAGUAAUGGACUUCCAGGUGAAAAGGGUGGGCCCGGUGAACGAGGCUCUCCUGGUCCUGCAGGACAAAGAGGCGUUCAGGGUGAACCAGGACGUGAUGGUAGCCCAGGUCUUCCAGGAAUGAGAGGUUUAACAGGAAGCCCAGGAAGCCCAGGACAGGAUGGAAAACCAGGUCCUUCUGGGUCCCCGGGAGAAUCAGGACGAAGUGGUCCCCCAGGACCAGCAGGUCCACGAGGUCAACCAGGUGUGAUGGGUUUUCCUGGUCCCAAAGGUAGCGAGGGUUCACCAGGUAAAAAUGGAGAGAGAGGUUCACCUGGACCUCCUGGCGGACUGGGACAACCAGGAAAGGAUGGUGAAGCAGGAGCACAAGGCCCUCCAGGACCUUCUGGUCCUUCUGGGGAAAGAGGGGAGCCAGGAGCAACAGGACCACCUGGAUUCCAGGGACUACCUGGUCCUCCCGGCGGACCCGGAGAGAAUGGAAAGCCUGGAGAAGCUGGUCCAAGAGGUGAAAAUGGAGCUCCAGGACUCCCAGGAACCAAGGGUGAAAAUGGCAUCCCAGGAGAACGAGGUGCACAAGGACCUCAGGGUCCCCCAGGAAAUAGAGGUGGAGCUGGCCCUCCUGGACCAGAAGGUGCAAAGGGCCCAGGUGGUCCUCCAGGUCCUCCUGGAGGUCCCGGACUACAAGGUUUACAAGGAAUGCCUGGAGAUAGAGGAGCCAAUGGAAACCCUGGACCUAAAGGGGACAAGGGAGAGCCUGGUAGCAGAGGUGGAGAUGGCUUACCUGGAAAAGAUGGUGUCCGAGGUCCUGUCGGUUCCAUUGGACCCCCCGGUCCAGCAGGCCAACCAGGAGACAAGGGAGAACCUGGUACAGCUGGGCCUCAUGGCCCAACAGGUCCCCGUGGUGGUCCCGGUGAUCGAGGAGAGCAAGGACCCCCUGGCCCAGCUGGCUUCCCUGGAGCUCCUGGACAAAAUGGAGAACCUGGUGGAAAAGGAGAGAAAGGCCCUUCUGGUGAGCGUGGUGAAGCUGGACCCCCCGGUGCUGCUGGUCCAUCAGGAGGCCCUGGAGCACCCGGUCCAGCCGGUCCCCCAGGAGGAAAAGGAGAGCGAGGUUCACCAGGCCCAGUAGGUCAGGCUGGCUUUCCUGGUACUCGUGGCUUACCUGGCCCUCCGGGCAACAGUGGUAACCCAGGACUUCCUGGCAAUGCGGGUCCCCCAGGCAAGGAUGGUCCUCCUGGCCCAGCUGGUUCUACUGGUCCUGCUGGUGGCCCAGGAGCUGCUGGUCCCAAAGGUGAGCCUGGCCCACCAGGUGAAAAAGGUCCGGCAGGUGUAAAAGGAGAACCAGGUUUUCCAGGUCCUUCAGGAUUGGGUGGCAUACCUGGGCAACGUGGUUCUGUAGGGUUGCCCGGCCCGAGAGGUCCAUCUGGUGCCAAUGGUGCCCCUGGCGGAAAGGGUGAAGAUGGCAAACCAGGAUCCAAUGGUAGCCCAGGAGAACGAGGACCUCAAGGUCCACCAGGUCCAAUGGGCCUCAAUGGAGCACCCGGAGAACCAGGCAGAGACGGUAACCCUGGAUCAGAUGGUUUACCAGGUCGUGAUGGGUCUUCAGGACCAAAGGGUGAUCGUGGUGAAAAUGGUUCUCCUGGUUUGCCAGGGGCUCCGGGUCAUGUGGGUCCCCCAGGUAAUACUGGUCCAGCUGGGAAAUCAGGCGAGAGAGGACAUCCAGGACCUGCUGGUCCAGUCGGCCCCUCUGGCCCUGCCGGUGCCCGUGGUGCUCCCGGCCCUGCGGGUGCACGUGGUGACAAAGGUGAAGCCGGUGAACGUGGCAGCAAUGGGAUGAAGGGCCACCGAGGAUUCCCUGGUAACCCCGGACCCCCUGGUCCAAGUGGUGCAUUGGGUCCCCAAGGUCCAAGUGGAAGCCCAGGACCUGCUGGUGCAAGAGGUCCCCCUGGUCCAAAUGGCCCACCUGGAAAAGAUGGUACAAGUGGCUACCCAGGUCCCAUUGGCCCUCCAGGUCCUCGUGGAAGCAGAGGUGAAUCUGGCGCUCCGGGUCCUGCGGGUCAUGGUGGUCCUCCAGGGCCUCCUGGUCAACCUGGAGCUCCUGGUCCAUGCUGCGGAGGUGGUGGCCCAGAGAACCUUGAAAAAGGACCAUCCUACUACAGAGACCAGCCAGAUGAGGACAAAAUAGCCAUGAGCGAUAUUUUAACUUCGCUGAAGUCAAUCAACAACCAAAUCGAAAACAUUGUUAGCCCCGAUGGCUCACGGAAGAACCCAGCUCGGAAUUGCAGAGAUCUGAAGUUCUGCCAUCCUGAACUUAAGAGUGGGGAAUACUGGAUCGAUCCCAACCAAGGUUGCAAAUUGGACGCCAUUAAAGUAUACUGCAAUAUGGAAACUGGGGAGACGUGCAUCAGUGCUAAUCCUAUGAGUGUUCCUAAGAAGAACUGGUGGACAAGCCCAGGACCCGAAAAGAAACAUAUUUGGUUUGGAGAGUCUAUGAAUGGAGGCUUCCAGUUCAGCUACGGAGACCCAGAUCUUCCAGAAGAAGUUGCAGACGUUCAGCUGGCCUUCCUUAGAAUUCUUUCUAGCCGAGCGUCUCAGAAUAUCACCUAUCACUGCAAAAACAGUAUAGCUUACAUGGACGAGGCCAGCGGGAAUGUGAAGAGAGCCCUGAAGAUGAUGAGUUCUACUGACAGCGAAAUCAAGGCGGAAGGAAACAGCAAGUUCACAUACACCGUCCUGGAAGAUGGCUGUACUAAACACACUGAUGAAUGGGGCCGAACCGUCUUUGAGUACAGAACACGCAAGACAAUGCGGUUGCCGGUGAUAGAUAUCGCACCCUUCGAUAUCGGCGCUCCCAAUCAAGAAUUUGGUGUGGACAUUGGCCCGGUUUGCUUCUUAUAAACCCGAGAAUCAUGCUCAUUCCGAACCCCAACAAACAAAUUCACACUCCCAUCUUUGCUCUUCUUGUCUUAACUUUGUCAGCUAUUAAGAGUCAAAUCAACUGUAUCCCAGUUAUUUAUUUGCAAAAAAAUUCUGGAGAGAGGGAGGAAAGAGAUAAAUUGAGAUAAAAAAUACCAUUUUCUUAUUUUGCUCUUUACACGACAUGCAACAAAAUCCCUUCUGCUGUUUCUUUCACCAAAAUUGGGAAAAAAACCCUUCCAACAGUAUCUCCAUGGUGCUACAUUUCAACCUCAACACUCAGUACAGCAAAACUGUAAUUAUAAUUGAAUGCUUGCCCACCAAUCAAGCACUGACGGAUUCCAGCAUCCAAGUUUGCCCUCCAAUAUAAGAUGCAGUUCAUAAAGCUAUAGAGAAUUCCCCGUUUCAACUACCUCAACAUGGACAGAAACUGGGAUGAGUUUGAUGAUUCACACCAAGAGAACCAACUCAAAAGAUGUUGGAACCAAUGAAUACAUCUGGUCAGGUGGUUUUGUUUCUGUACUGAUUUUUGAUGAACAGAGUACAGUCCAUCUGAAGAAGUGAAUGCCCCUAGUGUCAACAGACUAAUAUAAUUUUAUUGCUGGACUGCAUUGUGUGAUGUUUUUGAUUUUAUUUUUUACCGGGUGCUCCUAUACUUUCCUGUCAUUGCUGGUCAAGACCACUAAAAUUAGGGAAGUGUAAAAAGAUUAAUGUGAUGGUGCUAGUUGUGUGAUUUUUUUCCACUUCUAAAUCUGCGAGCCAGGUUUAUUGGCUUGCGUUAAAACAUCAAGGCUUGACAACAAUUGUAAAUGUCUCUCAUCAAAAGUCGUAUCGUUGGUAGGCCAUUGCUGAGGGCUUUUCUUCCUUCCCUCUGUAAAAGUCAAUAAAGAUGCAAAAUUGUGAGCUUCUUUUGUCACAUUAACACAUUUAUAGUGUUGGAGGUUAACCAUCUUUGUAAGCUUUUAUAUGGUUGUUGGUCUUUUCCUUACAGAGACACAUAAUAAAAUAUUGUAAUAAAACUC